CUCCUGUAUGACAUUAUUACAUACAUGUGAACAAAACCAGAAAAUCCCCAGAUUUAGCCUGUGUUGUGUUGAUGAAUGAAUGGAAUUCCAGAACAAAAAGGCAGUUCAGGGGAAGUGACAACGCUUCACGCGUUCAUGUGAAAUUACCAUACCAAUACAGAGAGUGACAGCCCUCAGCCCACACAGCAAUACCACUGGUGCAAUCCUUGGCUUGAUCUGCACUCAGAUUUCAGGCUGCUUUAAAACUUCAGGAAUGGUGUUGCGUCUGGACAGUAACAUCUGCCUUUAACAGGACCAGCGCCAAACAGCGUUCUGGGAUGUUCAGAUUACAAGAAUGGCUUCUAAUGACCACUUUAGUGUGGAAUACUCUGGGGAUCCCCAACCUGGGGACUUAAUUGAAAUAUUUAGACCUGCAUAUCAGCAUUGGGCUCUUUAUCUGGGAGAUGGCUAUGUUAUAAAUGUAGCACCUUUAGAGGAGGGACCAGCUGCGUCAUUCACUAGUGCAAAGUCAGUUUUCAGCAGGAAAGCAAUGGCAAAAAUGCAACUACUUAAAGAUGUUGUUGGGCAAGACACUUUCAAAAUAAACAACAAAUAUGAUGACAAACACACACCUUUACCAGUUGAUGAAAUUGUUAAGCGAGCAGAAUUUCUGAUUGGUCAGGAAGUGUCGUAUGAUUUGCUUGGAAAUAACUGUGAACAUUUUGUCACUUUACUUCGUUACGGUGAGGGUGUAUCUGAUCAGGCAAACAGAGCUAUAAGUGCCAUUUCCUUUGUAACGGCUGCUGCUGGUGCCUUCUCACUGGUUGGACUAUUUCAAAAUAGAUCAAGGCACAGAAAUUAUUGAAAGAUGGAAAAGAAUUAAGUGAAAGUAAUUAAAUAUGAAAAUUGAGACAAAUCUAAAAUAAUUGAACAAAAAUAUUACUUCAUGUCUUUUGUUGCCAUCUUUUCAUAAGUUUUAAACAUUUAUAUUCAACCAUCUUUAGCCAAAUUGUUAAUUUA